ACCCUAAUGUCUAUGCUUAAUCCUCUUUGAUUUAGAUUAUGUCCCACAUGGAACCCUAUUUCCUAUAUAUUGCACUACUUUGACCAGACUCCUAUAGGCCUUGGUAAAAAGCAGUGCACUAUAUAGGGAAUAGGUUGCCAUCUGGGAGACACCCAGAGCUGAGCUAGAUAGGCCUACUGAACUGAUGCCAUGCAUUUCAUUUUGCUAAUAUUGAAGCAUUUUGUUUUCCACAGGCACUAUUGACCAUGGGAUCCGCAAUGUCUAUCUUACUCCGCGAGAAGGCAGUCCACUUCAAAGAUGGGCCGGACACGGUGGGCCACUUCUUUGAAGUCCAGACCCGUAAGAGCGGCAAAGACAAGACCCUGAAGCGCUACUCGCCAUGGAGGUGGAUUGUGAAGAAGAAAGGCUCCAAGAAGGUGCAGGCCUACGAGAACACCAACCAAAACAACAUCGCCCAUCUGAGUAACGAGAACCUGGAGAAGUCUCAGUCCUCCUCCAACUUGUCCACCCUCACCCUGGAGAAGUCUCAAUCCUGUGACAAGCUGUCCACCCAGUACCAGAGCACUCCAGCCAUCGCCAACAGCUCCAACAACGCCGCCUCGUCGGUCGAGAAGGCCCCCUUGACCAACUCCAACACGGCCCCCGACACGCCCCAGACGGUGAUCGUCCAGGACCUCGACACGCCCAAGAGGCUGGUGAUGGUCCAUGCUACAACCGGCGAGCUGCUGCGCUGCCUGGGUGAGUUCCUGUGCCGGCGCUGCUACCUGAUCCAGGACAUGUCUUCCAUGGACCCGGAGCUGUGGCUGCGGGUGGUUGACCGUUAUCUGCUGGACAACUGCUAUCAGAACCAGAGCUGCAUCAACCCGGCCAUGGUGGUCUUCCUCUACAUGCUGUGCCGCGAGGCGGUCUCCUCCGAGGUGGCCACCUUGCAUGAGCUGCAAGCCGUGCUGCUUACCUGCCUCUACACGACCUGCUCCUACAUUGGCAACCAGAUCUCCUACCCCCUGGGACCCUUCCUGGUGGAGACCUGCAGGCAGACCUUCUGGAUCCGCUGCAUGUCCAUCACCAAGCUGAUGAGUGGUAAGAUGCUCCAGAUGAACACAGACCCUAACUUCUUCUCCCAGAUGUUUGCUGACCUGAAGAACGAGAGCCAGAAGGAGGAGAAGAAGAGCCGCCUGCUCAGCGGUGUGUACAGCACUCAGUGAGGGACCUAGGGUAGAGGGGCCAGGGGAGGGGAGGGGCCUACUAUAGCCUGAACUUUCAAAAUGGGAGGGAGGAGGAUUGGUUCAGGGAAUGGGUAGAGGGUGAGCUUUGAUGGAAAAAUAUGAUUUAUAGAUUUUAAGGGUUAAUAUGAGGGUUAAUUUGGCUUGAAAGAGAACACAAAUCGGUAGGUAUGAAUGUGUAGAGGACUGAGGCUGUAGCUUACUAUCUACUGUACCAGAUGACUGUCUGACGUGUGCACUGCCUACCACGGGAGGAUUGGAGGCACACGAGUGACUGUGCUAGUGCUCACAUCACACAGGCUGCAGCCUACCAGCCUACUGUUCUGACUGUGUGAGAUGUGCACUUUCUACCACGGGAGGGAAGGAGGCACCCUUGUGUGAGUGGGCUAGUGCUCAGAUCAUGGUUGAACAGACAAGCUGCAACCCUGCCGCUUUAGACUGUGAAGUGAACACCCAUGUUCCCCCACAGCAAGCACAGGACUGGACAGUUCUGGGGGACAGGGGUUCGUUUGAGGACCAUUGGUUCUGAUGAACUUGAACGAACAGUGUGACUGUUUUGGAAUAAAAUGCUAUAUAUAUUCUCUUAAA